GCCGGGCGCAUGGAGAGGGGCCUGUGUGAGGCAGGCUGUGCCUUUUAGGGCGACGGGAGACUGUAACUUGAGUCGUACUGAGAGCUCCAGCGGGUCAGGCAGCCUGUGCAGAUGCUAUUUGGCAAAACGAGAGGAGCCGACACCACCUCCGCAGCGAGAGAGCCGCUCGAGUGGGAAUAAUGGCUCUCGUACCAAUAACGCUCCUGGCGUUAAUGUGCCUCCUGCCGUUCCGUUCGGCGGUCUACACCGGGCCCUUGCUUCCGGAGAUCUCCAACGGCACCUUCCAUCACUUUUUCGUCCCGGAUGGUGACUACGAGGAAAACGACGACCCGGAGGUUUGUCAGAUGCUGUUCAGGUUUGCGGCCGCGCCGCCGUGCGGAGUCAGCGAGGACAGCGACUCGGUCGUGCGGGACGACUUCAUCAUCACCAAGCAUCAGAUAGAGGACACGGCGAGGCUGCUGGAGAGCAUCGGCAAGACCAUAUCGUACGACCUGGACGGGGAGGACAGCUACGGGAAAUUUCUCCGGAGGGAGCUGUCUCAGAUCGGCGAGGCUUUCACGAACGUGGACAAGUCCCUGCUGGAGCUGGAGGUGAAAUUCAAACAGGGUCAAGACUCCGACCUGAGAGAGGAGCACCAGCUCAACGGUUACGUGCUGAAGCCUGUCAGCGAGAUGAGAGAUAGUCUGAGAGAGACCACGGACAUCUCUGCGGGACUCAAAGACAAGCACGAGCUGCUGUCUCUCAUCGUGCGCAGUCACGGGACCAGGCUGAGCCGCCUGAAAACGGAGUUUCUCCACGUAUGAUGGCGUAAAGGUGGACAUAGAGGUGGCACGGCAAUCUGUGUGUGCGUGUGCGUGUGUGUGUGUGUGUGUGUGUGUGGGGAGAGAGAGAGAGA